CUCGUCGAUUGCUUAUCCGGUCUCUUCGUGGAUUGAUGAUUACUUUGACUGGAUCGAUCCCGAAGGAUCACCGUAUUGUUGUCGUGUCUAUCCGGGCAGCACUAAGCAUUGUCCGGACAGUGAACCAAUUUCUGCCUGCGUGACGUGUCCAGUUGAUUUGGAAGACGGGCGUCCAAAUUCGGAAGACUUUAAUAAAUAUCUGGGUUAUUUCCUUGAUCAAAAUCCCAGUCCGAAUUGUCCUAAGGC